AUGGAGAUGGCAAAUUAUGCAUGUUAUAAUGUAUCAUUUAGUCCUUCAAACAAUAUCUGGAUGGCUGAUGAUAUUAUGAUAAAACAUGUUCCUCUUUUGUGUCUCCAAAUUGCUUAUGAUAUUUUGGUUUCUCGGCUUUUCUACUUCGUCCUUAAGCCCCUUCAUGUGCCCCUCAUUAUUGCGCAGGUGUUGGCUGGUUUUACUCUGAGUCCAAGUCUCUUGGGAAAUUUUGAAUGGGUAUUUUCCUUGUUUUAUAGUCAAUAUGGAAUCCUAGCCGUUGAAACCUUUGCAAACUUAGGAAUAAUGUACUAUGUGUUCCUAAGUGGUUUAGAAAUGAAUUCAGACACCAUCUUAAGAUCAAGGAAGAAAGGUACAAGCAUAGCAAUUGCCGGCAUUGUGACGCCAAUGUUAUUUGGUGUUGGAUUUCUAGCUCUACAACAAAAACUUAUAGAUAAAAAUGAUGUUUUCGCACAAACACCAAAAGAAAAUCAAGGCGAAGCAUAUUUAUUCUGGUGUUUAGCACUUUCUGUAACAGGUUUCCCUGUCCUUGCAAGAAUCUUAGCUAAUCUUAAACUUUUAUAUACAAAGCUUGGAAAAGAUGCAUUGACAGCAGCUAUGUUAACCGAUGCAUAUGGUUGGGUUAUGUUUACCUUGUUGAUUCCUUAUUCGACUAGAGGUGGAAAGCCUUAUCUCUCAGUAAUCUCUACUUUGAUGUUCAUAGUUUUUUGCUUUGCUGUGGUGAGACCUAUCCUUACUCCAAUCAUUGAACACAGAACAAGUACGAACACGUGGCGAAAAUCACACCUGUUGGACGUGUUGACGGGAGUGUUUAUUUGUUCGUACAUUACGGAUUCUCUCGGUACACAUCCUAUUGUUGGAGCUUUUGUGUUUGGAUUAAUUUUUCCUCAUGGAAAGUUUGCUGAUGUGGUUUUGGAAUUGUCGGCCGAUUUUGUUUCUGGGAUUUUGUGUCCUGUUUACUUUGCUGGAUUUGGUUUUAGACUCAACUUGCCUUUCCUUUUGAAGCAAAAGAAUGCGGUUUUGAGCUCUGUGAUUGUCACUUUCUUCUUCGGUAUGCCUGCCCGAGAUGGAGUUGCCAUUGGAUUGCUUCUCAACACCAAGGGUAUCAUGGCUGUCAUACUACUGAAUAUUGCUUGGGACAAAAGGAUUUUGGAUCCAUAUACUUUCAUGGUUAUGAUGCUUGCUAUUAUAGUAAUGACUGUAAUGGUUUCUCCCUUGAUCAAUGCAAUAUACAAACCAAAAUUCCGAUUCAUGCAAUCGCAAUUAAGGACCGUGCAAAAACUGAGGUUCGAUGUGGAGCUUCGAAUCGUCGCUUGUGUCCACAAUGCUAAACAUGCCAAUAACAUGAUCCAUGUCAUUGAAGCCACAAAUGCUACUAGACAUUAUAAUGAUUUUCAUCGGUGGACCUGA